CCCACGUCCCCCAACAUCAACAUGACGCGCCUAAAGCUGAAGAAGCUCGAGGAGUAUCUGCAGUGCGUCGAUGGCUUUGAGAAGCCAAAGCUACUGCUGGAACAGUACCCGACCCCGCCCCACAUCGCUGCCUGCAUGACGCAUUGCAUGCAGGAGCAGCACGACGACAUCGAGGGCAAACUGGUUGCUGAUCUGGGAUCUGGCUGCGGUAUGCUAAGCAUUGGUGCCACAUUGCUGGGCGCGCAGCUCACCAUCGGCUUUGAGCUAGACGACGCAGCUGUGGAUACCUUUCGGCAAAACGUGGUGGACAUGGAGCUGCCAAACGUGGACUGCAUCCGUGCCGACGUACUCCACUUGCCUGGCAGCAAGUGGGACAAGGCCUUCGACACGGUUGUCAUGAAUCCGCCCUUUGGCACCAAGCACAAUGCCGGCAUGGAUAUGCGUUUCCUGGAUGUGGGCAUGCGAUUGGCCACUGGCGCAGUCUACUCGCUGCACAAAACCUCCACCCGCGCUUACAUCCAAAAGAAGUCGAAGGAAUGGGGCGCUCGUGGCAAAGUCGUUGCCGAGCUGCGCUACAACCUGGAGGCCAGCUACAAAUUCCACAAGCAAAAGUCGAAGGAUAUCGAGGUCGACUUUUGGCGCUUCGACCUCAGCGAGCUGUGACCCAGCUCCCCAUUAAACCACUAGCUUAGGAAAA